AUGGCGCGCGCGCGCGUCCUCGUGGUGCUCAUGAUGUGCGCGCGCGCGGUCGUCGCCCCGCGCGCGGUGGUGGCGUCGGAAAGUGCGCAUUCGGUGCUCUCGAAGGAAUCGUGGGCGACCGAACGCGCGCGUGGACGUGGUUCGACGCGCGCGCGGACGCUGUUGACGACCGCGACGGACGCGCCGAGAGAUCUCGCGGGGUACCCGGCGGUGCGAAAGGUGAACGGGACGUCGUUUGAGUUGGCGCACGCGAUGGACGGGGUCGGGACGACGCAUUGGAUGGCGCGCGCGGCGCCGGUGUCCGCGGCGCCGACGCCGGCGCAGGUGAAGGCGGGGAACGAUCCGGGAGGUGGGAUCGUCGUCGCGCGAGGGUCGUUCGUGAACGCGGUGGCGAACGUCGAGGCCGUGGUGAUCGUCGGGGGGUUGACGGAGGAUACGCUGUAUUACGUGUCGACGGUGGGCGAGAGCGGAGGGACGUCGCCGACGUUGCAGUCGACGACGCAGACGUUGAGCGUGAGGACGGCGGAUGAGAGCGCGCCUACGAUAGGUUCGUUCACGUACGCGGCGAACGGGAACGAGAUCGCACUCACGGUGACGCUGAGCGACGAGGACGGGACGGUGUAUUACGUAUUGCAGCACGUGGGAGUUCCGGCGCCGAGCGUGCAGCAGGUGUUGGAUGGGAAAAACUCGAGCGCGCUGCCAGCGAUUUCGAGUGGAAAUAUGCAGCUCAUCCGCAACGUCCCGCGCACGAUCGAUACCACGGGUGCGGUGGGUUUAGUAUUAGGCGCGCAGUACACUGCGCAUUACGUCGCCGUGGACACGCUGGGGAAUAAGCCGAGCGCGGUGUCCUCGACGAACGUGAACACUUCGCCGAUGCCACCGGCGCCGAAUCCUCCUCCAUCACCACCAGCACCGUCACCGCCACCGCCACCGCCGCUCGUAGCGAGCCCGCCGCCGCCGUCGCCGCCGCCGUCGCCGCCGCCGACGCCCGAGACGGAUGCUCCAGUCUUCACAACCGGUUUCCCAAAGGUCGAUACCGCGACGAACUCUUCCUUCAAGCUACACGCCGCUAUGAAUGAACGGGGGGUCCUUUAUUUCGCCGUGUUCGAGGGUACUUUAGCGCAGAUCACGGCACCGACUGGCGCCGCGCUUAAGGCUCAGACCGCUCUAGUUUCCGAUCCAGCGUUGCGGCACAUCGGCGUCAUGUACCUCUCUGCGAGCACGACCGCUUCUCGUACGUUCAACUCGUUGAAACCGGGUGGUAAAUACGUGGUGUUUGCCGUCGGUGAAGAUGAUCUGGCGAACAUGAUGUCGACUGUCACGUCUAUGGAUAUCGAGUUAUUGGAUGACGUAGCGCCGACUUCGACCUGGUCCGCGACACUCUCAGGGACGCAGUUGACAAUCAAUGCCACGUCGACGGAAAAAGGUAUGGUGUAUUACGUGUGUUCGACGGAUUUGAUGGCGAAUCUGUCGCCCAAUGACGUGAAAAACGCGGCGGAUAUCAGACCUCGCGUGUUUCGCCACGGCUCAUUUGAGUUGAAGAAUGAAAACGUUCAGGAGUAUGUCACGUUGAACGUUGGCUACGGGCGCGAUUUCAUCGUCCACAUCCUAGUCGAGGAUAAGUCCGGGAAUCAUGUGAAUGUGGAGCGCUCGAGACGGAUUGUGACUUUAACGGCGCCUCCGCCUCCGCCUCCAGCGCCGUCUCCGCCGCCCGCUCUCCGAGUCGAGCGUGACGAGGAUUUGAUGAUCUCCAUGUUCGUUUUGACCUAUUCAGCCCUAGCGCUCGUGAUCCUUUACGUGCUCGUACGCGCGUGUUCCCAAUACGGGAUGGCUAGUUACAGAGCAAACAUGUCCAUUCGGCGCCGGUACAUGGCGAAGAAGAGUCUGCUCGCUGGGAAAACGCACGCGCUGAUGAAGGCGCAAGAGCAGGCGAGGAAAGAGGAGGCGGAAGUCGGCAAGAAGAUGAUCAAGGGAUACGCCGAUUAUAACGAGUACGAUAUCAUGGAGGGUGGAGGAAAGGCGGAGCGCGGCGCGCACUACCGCGAGGUUCACGCAGAUGUGAAUGCGCGCCAACUCGCAAGAGAACGUCGACUUGACGCCCUCAUGAGUCUUUCCAGGGAAAAAGAGGAUGAACUUCGCGAUAAGAUUCAAAAGUAA